AGGGGAACAAAAUAAAGCGACUAGUGAACCCGCGGAGCCGGAUGGAGUCGGUACUGGUACUGGUGUAGUGGUGCUGGUGCUGUCUGGGUCUGAGCGCGCGUGCUGAUGGUGGUAUUUAAGGACGCCGUUAGCGUGUUGUGAAGGAGAUAGUGUUACCGAGGUCCAGACAUGGCCCCAUCAGUCCGCUUACAGGAAAUGAUCCGGGCAAUCCGGAGUGCCCGGACUCAGGCAGAGGAGCGGGCGGUUAUCCAGAGAGAGUGUGCUGCCAUCCGGGCUCAGUUUCGUCAGACCGACACCGAAGGGCGCUUUCACAAUCUAGCCAAGUUAUUAUAUGUGCACAUGCUGGGCUAUCCUGCACAUUUCGGUCAGAUGGAGUGUGUACACAUGAUCGCCAGCUCUCGAUACAGCGAGAAACGGAUCGGUUACCUUGGCGCCAUGAUGCUCCUGGACGAGAAGCAGGAUGCCAGCUUGCUUAUUACCAACUCCAUUAAGAAUGACCUUUCGCAGAAUAAUCAGCACGUGCAGUCUCUGGCCCUGUGCACUCUGGCGUGUAUGGGAUCUGCGGAGAUGUGUCGAGACCUGGCCCCUGAAAUCGAGCGCCUCCUCAGAUCCUCCAGCUCGUACAUCAGGAAGAAGGCGGCUUUGUGUGCCGUCCAUAUCGUGAGGAAAAUUCCUGACCUGGGAGAGAUGUUCACACCUGUCGCAGGCUCCCUGCUUACAGAGAGGAACCACGGUGUUCUACACGGCACCAUAGUUCUGAUCACGGAGCUGUGUGAUCGCAACCCUGACACUCUGGCGCAGUUCCGCAAGUCAGUUCCACAGCUGGUUCAGAUAAUGAAGGAUCUGAUCACAUCAGGUUAUUCUCCAGAACACAACAUAGCUGGAGUCAGCGACCCUUUCUUACAAAUUCGAAUUCUCAGAUUGCUCAGGAUUUUAGGUCGCAACAACGAUGGAGCAAGCGAUCUCAUGAAUGAUCUCCUGGCACAGGUUGCGACGAACACGGAUAGCAGCAAGACUGCAGGGAGCGCUGUGCUGUACGAAACAGUGCUCACUAUCCUGGACAUCAAAUCAGAAAGCGGUCUCCGGGUCCUUGCUGUGAAUAUUUUGGGACGGUUUCUUUUGAAUAACGAUCGCAAUAUCCGCUAUAUAUCGAUGACAUCACUCCAGAAGAUUGUUCAGACGGAUCACAAUGCAGUGCAGAGACACAGGGGUACUAUUGUGGACUGCCUGAAGGACCAGGAUGCCUCAGUUAAACGUCGCGCUUUGGAGCUGUCCCUAGCUUUAGUAACCGCGGCGAACAUCCGCACCAUGAUGAAAGAGCUGCUCGCUUUCCUCUCCACCUGUCCUCCUGAACUGCGAGCGAACACAGCGUCUGGCAUAUUCAACACAGCUGAAAGGUACGCUCCGUCUCAGCGCUGGCACAUCGACACCAUCCUGCUUGUCCUCGUCACGGCAGGAAGUGAUGUCAGAGACGAGACCGUGCCCAACCUAGUUCAGCUCAUCGCAACAGCGUCCAAGCUCCACUGCUACACAGUUCAUAAACUUUACAGAGCACUAAUUGCAGACAUUUCACAGCAAUCUCUGGUUCAGGUUGCCUGCUGGUGUAUAGGUGAGUACGGGGACCUGCUGCUGAAAGGAGAGUGCGAUGACAUCGAACCCAUUCAGAUAACAGAGGAUGAUGUCCUUGAUGCCUUGGAAACAGUCUUACAGUCACACAUGUCAUGGUCAGCAACCAGGGGCUUCGCAUUAACUGCCAUCAUGAAGCUGAGUACCCGCAUCACAUCUAAUGUGGACCGAAUCAGGAGUAUCGUCAGUAUCUACGGCAGCUGCAUCGAUCUGGAGCUGCAGCAGAGAGCCGUGGAAUACAACGCCCUCUUCAAAAAAUAUGACCACAUAAGGGCUGCUGUGUUGGAGAGGAUGCCAGUGGUUGAUAAGAACGUGCCUGCGUCCACCAACGGAGAUCUAAUCAGGGAGUCUAGUGAAGGUUCGGAUCAGCGCAAGCCUCUUGCCGGAGUGUCGGUUUUGCCUCUGGAACCAGCAAAUCAGGUGUGUGACCUUUUGGACUUGCUGGGUGAAACCGGUCCGCCUGUCCAGGAAAGCGGCGUAAACAACAACAACAACCUCAUCAAGAUGCCGAGCUCUACCAGUUCAAAUGCGAGUGAAAACCUGCUGGAUUUGCUGGGAGGUCUAGAGGCCACAUCUGCUCCUAGUGUGACGGUGUACGAUAACGGAGGAGUGAGCCUGAAACUUCAGUGUGACAGUGAGACAGAAACUGGCAUCACGGUCACUUUUACUGCUUCUAACUCCACGCAGAGUGAUGUCACCAACUUUACCCUACAAGCAGCGGUACCUAAGAGUGUGCAGCUUCAGAUGAAGGCUCCAAGUGGUGACGUGAUUCCUGCACAGAAUGGUGGUACGGUCACUCAGACUGUUCUACUCAACACUACCAACAAGGCGAGCCUAAAGAUGCGAGUUCGGGUGUCGUACUCCAAUCAGGGAACGGUCUGUCAGGAGACCAUACAGAUCGACUCCUUCCCAAACCCUGCUUGGAACUGAGUGUACGAUUUGCUUGGGCCUGAUACAGAAUCAGUUUUUAAAAGGGGUUGCAUUUGUUUUCUCGUCACAGCUACUGAUGUACAAAGAAUUCUACUGUAUUACAUCGCUGGUACAUUAUUACUGUAUAUAUUGGCGAGGGCAAUGAAAUAUAGUACUGUGUACAAGUCUUAGGCACUGAUGCAGAUUGUGUUAUACGUACAUGUUUAUCAUGUCUGCAUGAAUAUGUACAAAACAAUUCAAUAUUUCCAGAAAUACAUUUAAAAUGAAUAAAUAACAUUACAGAAGAAUAUUUGCAUGCAUGUAAAGAAAGCAUAUUUUCUGUUUCUCCCAGCUGUUUUAUUUAUAAAACUGCACAAAUCUGUAUUUAACACUACUGAUUAUUUGUCACACCAGAUACUGACCGUGUUUGUUUUAUUACACUUUAGUGAUCAUUAUAUUAUAUUUCAUUGGUUUAUUUUAUUUUAAGCAUCUUUGCUUAUGGUAUAUGUUUUGUUUGAUCCCAUGACGUUUAUAAAAUACUAGAAAUAAAACAGCUGUUAGGUUUUACUGAGUGUGCUGGAGAAUGAGUUCUUCUGCUAACUGUCACACUCGCACCUUUCUAUUUUCAUGCAAAACCCUGGAGGUUUAACCUUUUUUUAUUUUUUUUACUUUUUUCUCUUCUCCCCUCCACUUAAACCUGGUCAUGCUUGUAAAUAUUAAAUGGUUUUGUACAUAAUAAUACAGACAUGAUGAACACAUAUAAAAUGUGUACUAAAGAUAAGUACUACAGUGCCUAA